AUGAGCAGUGAGUUGAAAGAAAUACUGAACGCCAGAAAUGGUCUUCUAUUUUGCGAGGAAGAACUUAGUCCAGUUUUCUGUAAACCGAAACUCAUUCCACUCAAAUCUGUCACACUUGAAAAGCUGGAAAAAAUGCAGAGUGAAGCAAUGGAAAUGAUGAAAAAGAAGGGUAAGAAUAACAACGAAACGCCAAGAAAGGAAAACACGGAAUAUACUCCAAGUAAAUUUGAAGGAAGCACUGCUGAUAUUUGGACUGCUGAAGAAGAUUACGAAACAACAACAAAAACAGUCUAA